GGGGAGGAGGCGGGGCGGUGACGUAGCGGCCACAUCGGCUGAAGUGAAGUGAGGCGACCAGCGAGCGAUGGAGCGGGGCGGCCCCGGGAGCGUUGUUGCUGAGGCGGAGUCAGGUGCUUAUUACGAUGCAAUGGACAUUUUCGCAAUGGAUUAUAAAGGCAAAUGUUGUUAAGAAGUAGAAAAGCCAAACAUAGUGCAUUAUAUUUUCAAGUACAGUUGAAACACCUUGUAAGUGGAAACCCCAGUGUUUCGGAUCAAUUUAAAGAACUUCGUGUUUGAAGCAAACUUGCUUGUGAAUGAAUUGGAACUCCCCUCAAAAGGAAAAACACCUGGAACCAUGUUUGCAAAGCUGAAAAAGAAGAUUGCUGAAGAGGCGGUUAAUACCCCAAAGUCUGGCGUGGGCCGGAUCCCAAGAUCAGUCAGCAGAGACUCCAUUACCUCAGCAGGAGCUGACUCGGGAGAUGACAUUGCCUCUGACAGCAGUUGUUCUCGAGAAGAUUUGUUGUCUCAGCUGCUAAGACGAAAUGACCAAAUUCGAAAACUGGAAGUCAAGCUGUCAGAUUAUGCCGAGCAGCUGCGAAAUUUGCAGAAGACGAAAGAGAAGCUUGAAAUUGCCUUAGAGAAACAUCAGGAUUCCUCAAUGAGGAAGCUACAGGAACAGAACGAGGCAUAUCAUGCCAACAGGGCUAAAAUGGCAGAGACAAUGGCUCUGGCCUUGGAAGAGAAGGAUCAGGAAUGGACGGUGACAUUUUCUACUCUUGAAAAGGAGAAGACAGCAUUUGAGAACCAGCUGAAGCAGAUGAAGAAUGAGAAUUUGAAUCUGUUUCAGAAACGAGAUGAACAGGAUGAACUGGAUGGAUUUCAGCAGCAGGAACUUGCCAAAGUCAAACAUAUGCUCCUGCAAAAAGAAGAAAUGUUAUCAACAGUUGAAAGAGAACUUGAAGAACAGAAAACAGAACUAGAUCAAACCAAAGAGGAGCUGAAAGUCUCCAAACAGAAACUUUCAAACCUAAACCAAAGGCUGCAGCAGUUAGCGACUUUAACCGAAGACAUGACCAAGGAAAGAGAGGAACUGGUGGCAACAAAAAGAAGUGCAGAAGGGAAAAUAACUGAAUUGGAACAGAGGGCUCAGGAAUUACAAGAUGUGACCCAGCGAUUCUCAGCUGAUUUACAAAAGGCAUCUGUGGAAACCGAGGAGAAGAGAAGAGUUAUUGAGCACCUACAGGCAAAAGUAUUUUCUCUGGAAAAAAGGUUCGAGGGAAAUUACUCUGAGGAUGAGCAUGUACAAGAGCUGCUUAAAGAGAAAUCCUAUCUGGAACAAAAAUUGGAAGAAAGUCAGGAGCAUUUGUUGGAAGCUAAGACCAGCCACGCUGAGGCUGUGGGAACGUUUGAAAGACAGAUAGGUAAACAAAACAUGGAAAUAACUGAACUUCAGUCUUUGAUGCAGCAAAAAGAUGCUGAUAUGCAGAUUUUCAAAGACAAGAGUGCAAGUCAGGUCAGUGAAUUGGAGCAAUGGUUACAGUCCACCAACAACAAGUUAACACAGAAAGAAAGUGAUGUAAAUGAGAAAGAAAUUCAAUUAAAAAAGCUGCAAGAAGAAAGUGAAGCCAUGAAUGAUAAAUUGAAGCAUCAGAUUGCUGCUUUAAGACAUCAGCACAUCGAGAAGACCAGCCGAGUGGAUGCCCAAAUAGCUGUCCUUGAAACUGCCCGUGAAUUUGACAAAACAGCUUCGCAACACAAUAUAUGCCAACUCCAACAGAAAAAUGAAGAUCUAAGUGACAGACUUAACGAGACUGAAAAUGCUUUGAAGGAAGUUGAGGGUGAACUUGAAAAGUCAAAGGAUAAAUUAAUAACCAGUGAAAAUGCGAGUGUUGAUCUUGCUAAAGUAUUAGAAGAGGCCAGAACACAGAGAGAGGAAUUAGAACACAAGGUGUUAACAUUAACGCAAAUGCUGGAAGAAAAAAAUACUUCAGUCUUGCUGAAAGAUAAAGAAUUAAUCAAAUUGGAAGAAGACUUCAAGAAACUUGAACAAGACAAGGAAGCUGUAAAGUCGCAACUGCAUCAGCUGCAAAUCGAAAGUGAAACUUGUAGAAGUUCAGCAGCAGAAAGAGAGGGGGCAGUGCAGAGCCAGUUAAGUGAUCUGGAGCUGCAGGUGACUGAAAGCGAGCAAAUGUUGGAGGCCAGUCAAAGGAAGGUAACUGCUCUGGAAGCAGAACUGAUGGCCCUCAAUCCACCAGAAAAUGACGAGAAAGUGCUAAAUGGAGACGUUGCAGUUGCAGAUGCUUUGCAGCUUCAGCAGGACAACCAAGAUUUGGAGCAGCAGUUGGUUGAGAAAAAUAAGACAAUUAAACAGCUGCUUCAGAGGCUAACAGAACUGAAAAAGACCCUGCAGAAGGAACUGAAAAUGAAGCCAGAAAUGGACCCUGUGGAAGCCCGAGAGAGAUCCUGCUUCGAUCCACCAUGCAUGGCGAGUAAUUUGUCCAGCGUUGCAAACAAUUCCGAUCUCAAUGACACCAGGGAGAUAAAUUUUGAGUAUCUUAAACACGUUCUCCUCAAGUUCAUGUCUGUGCGAGAAUCCGAGGCCUACCAACUGGUGAAAGCAGUGUCUGUACUACUAAACUUUACACGCGAAGAAGAGAACAUGUUAAAGGAAUCCUUAGAAUACAGGAUGUCUUGGUUUGGAUCUAAACCUGCCCCUAAAGGUAUUGUCCGGCCGUCGAUAUCAGGCCGACCUCCCACUCAUUGGCAGUGAACAAAGUGCAGUGCCUGGAACAUGCACUCUCAAAUGAACCGUCGACAUUACUCUCUGGAUGAACACUACAACUAUUGAUAAGAUAUCCUUAUUAAUGUUUUCUGUCACUGUUAUGACAGUGUUUUUAAUACAGGACUACCAGUUUUACAGCUGUUUACAUUUAAUAGUACCUGGUACUUUAUACUACUUCACCUGUUAAAUGCAGAUGAAGACAUUCUCCUAUGGGGAAUGAUAUUCAUAGAGAAAAGUAGACUGUGGAUAGAUUACAAUUCUGUAAUUUCAAAGGGGACAUUUAGCUUUGAUUCUAUCACUUUAUUACUGCCCUGAACAGAUUUGAAUGAAGCACUAUUUGAAAUAACAUACUGUAUUACAUCUUUAUAUCUGUGAAGUUCCUUCAUUGGGAAACAUUAAUGAAUGAUUUCAGAUAUCUUGUGCUUAAGUUACCAUUUUUAUUCUUAGUGUUAGAAUAUAAAGAUGGGAGUAAGAUCUAAACAAAACGUCAAGAGCUCCUUCCCCUGACUGUCCUAUGGUUGCAGGAGAGGGGAAUAGGCGUGCUGUCCAUUACUGUAUUUGAAGUCAGUAUCAUGGUCCAAAUGAAAUGUAUUUCUCCAUUUUCAUGUGUGCGCCUACAGUUAGAUUAUUUGGACUGAUAAAGCAGGAAGCAAAUGAAAGAUGAACAGAAGAGAUCAAGUUUAAUAUCACAAUCGGUUUUCCUCUAAUUGGUCCAUAACCAUCACUGUAGUCCUUUCACAAACAUAUUUACUUCUCAAAAAUACCCCAAUAAUUGUACAUGCUCAACUUGAUUCAUUACACCAUUUCAAUUCUUUCCAUGUGUUGUUGCAGUUUUAAGGUUAUCAUGUGUUUUUUUUUUUUUUACUGUAGUCUUGCGUGAAAAUGGUGCUGGAAUGCAGAAAGUGGGGAUUUGAUGCUUGGUGUAAAUUGGGCAAGCACAAGUAUGUUUAAUUCAGUAUACUCGAGUAGCAUUCCAGAGGGUUGUUUCUUAAGGGAACUGUGUAUAGAAACUGGAACAAGGUUGUAACACACAAGAUGUAAAAAUUGGAUGCAUAAAUUAUUUACAGCCUUCCCAAAGCAGAAAGCAUUGCUGUUGUAAUAAUGUUCCAUCAGUAUUUUCUUUACCCUGCCAUUGUUGUGAAACCAGGAAUUCUUGUCAAAAGCAAGAGCAAAGUGUGUAUAUAAUAUAAUAUAUAUAUGUUAUAUGAAAACUAAUGCACUUUUAUUUGUAUACAAAAUGCUGUGGCAUGUAAUAUUUGUACAUGCAUUGAUUGGCCUUGGCAACUAAUUUUUCUCCCUCAAUGUUGUAAACCUGGACUGGAAACAGCAACUGAUGCUCCAUUUAACCAGUGUUUGCUUGGGAAUAAUUUGUAGGUGCAAUACUUUCCAAUUAAAAUUCCUCUAGACUUGCGAA